CCGAAAGAACAUGUUCCAAAACUUUAACUCAAGUGCCACUCCAUUCAUAUUUUUAGUCUUGUUCCCCGCUUUUUCUAGCUGUGAUCGUACAUUCACACACAAAGACAAGUUUCUAGUAUUUCCUUCUUGUCAAGGUUAUCAGUUGAUGUGCUGUGGGAAAGAAUUUUUGUAAAAUAAACAUUGAAAAUGGGGGACUCUGAGGGAGACUUGUUGAACUCACCACCAAUGGAAAAAUUGGGUGCUGGUGGCUACUUGUCAGUUUGGAAAGACUAUGGGGUAUAUGGAAUUGUGGGUGCUGUUGUUGUUGGUAUACUCAUACCUUUAGUACUUUCUUCUGUGUUCAUGGGAAAGAAAAAGGAAAAGCAAAGAGGUGUGCCGGUGCAAGUUGGUGGUGAGGCAGGUUAUGCAGUUCGUAAUGCUCAGGCAAGUGAGUUGGUUGAAGUUCCAUGGGAAGGAGCCACAACCAUGGCAGCUCUGUUUGAGCAAUCUUGUAAAAAGAAUUCACAAUAUAACUUUCUUGGUACAAGAAAGCUAAUUAGCAAGGAAUUCAUCACAGCUAGUGAUGGUAGGAAGUUUGAGAAGCUACACUUGGGCGAUUAUGAAUGGCAAACUUAUGGAGAGAUAUUUGAUCGUGCUUGUAACUUUGCAUCUGGGCUUGUCAGAUUAGGUCAUAAUUUGGACAGCCGUGCUGCCAUUUUUUCUGAUACUCGGCCAGAGUGGUUCAUUGCCCUUCAGGGAUGCUUUCGACAAAAUAUCACUGUUGUCACUAUUUAUGCUUCCCUAGGCGAGGAUGCCCUGAUCCACUCACUUAAUGAGACCCAAGUAUCAACACUUAUAUGUGAAUCCAAGCAAUUGAAGAAGUUGGCUGCGAUAAGCUCAGGCCUUGAGAGUGUCCAAAAUAUUAUAUACUUUGAAGAUGAUGGAACUGAAAAUGAUAUUAGUGUUUCUGGAAGCAUGAGCAACUGGACAGUCUCAGCUUUUUCUGAUGUUGAGAAACUUGGGAAAACAAGUCCUGUUCAUCCAAGCCUGCCUUCCAAAAAUGGUAAUGCUGUUGUCAUGUAUACAAGCGGCAGUACAGGUCUACCAAAGGGAGUCAUGAUUACUCAUGGAAACAUUGUAGCAACGGCUGCAGCUGUUAUGAUGGUGGUCCCAAAUAUUCGUAGAAGUGAUAUAUACUUAGCAUACUUGCCCUUAGCUCAUGUUUUUGAACUGGCAGCUGAGUCUGUGAUGUUGGCUGCAGGUUGUUCAAUGGGCUAUGGCUCGACAUUGACUUUAACUGACACUUCUAAUAAAAUUAAGAAAGGAACCAAGGGAGAUGCUUCUGUGUUAAAGCCCACCAUCAUGACAGCCGUUCCAGCUAUUCUCGAUCGUGUUCGAGAUGGAGUUCUAAAAAAGGUUGAAGAGAAAGGGGGGUCAGCGAAGAAUCUAUUCAACAUUGCAUAUAAGCGACGAUUAUCUGCUGUAGAAGGAAGUUGGCUUGGGGCUUGGGGCUUGGAAAGAAUGUUGUGGGAUGUCCUUGUCUUUAAAAGAAUACGCGCUUUACUUGGAGGAGGCCUGCGAUUCAUGCUAUGUGGUGGAGCUCCUUUAUCUGCAGAUUCACAGCGGUUUAUCAACAUCUGCAUGGGGGCUCCUAUUGGUCAAGCAUAUGGCUUGACUGAAACAUUUGCUGGAGCUACUUUUUCUGAGUUUGAUGACACUACAGUGGGACGUGUUGGGCCACCUGCUCCUUGUUGCUACAUUAAGCUUGUUUCUUGGGAAGAAGGUGGAUAUAAGUCAACAGACAAACCAAUGCCUCGAGGGGAGAUUGUAGUAGGGGGAUUCAGUGUAACUGCUGGUUACUAUAAAAAUCAAGAAAAAACUAAUGAGGCGUACAAGGUUGAUGAAAAGGGCAUGCGCUGGUUUUAUACUGGUGACAUUGGACAAUUUCACCCUGAUGGAUGCCUUGAAAUUAUUGACAGGAAGAAGGAUAUUGUGAAACUUCAACAUGGAGAAUAUGUCUCCCUUGGAAAGGUUGAGGCAGCUCUCUCGACAAGUAAUUAUGUGGAUAAUAUCAUGUUACAUGCAGAUCCCUUCCAUAAUUAUUGUGUAGCACUAGUUGUUCCUUCACAUCAAGCCCUAGAGAAGUGGGCACAACAAGCUGGCAUCAACUACAGAGAUUUUUCUGAGCUGUGUGACAAGGCUGAAACUGUCAGUGAGGUCCAGCAAUCCCUUUCUAAGGCUGCGAAAACAGCAAAAUUGGAUAAGUUUGAAACUCCUGCAAAGAUUAAGUUGCUGCCUGAAGCAUGGACCCCCGAGUCUGGAUUAGUCACGGCUGCUUUCAAGAUAAAGAGAGAACAACUGAAGGCCAAGUUUAAAGAUGAGCUUCAAAAAUUAUAUGGGUGAAAUAUGUAUUUGGUGUAUGUAUUUUCGGCUGCUUUCAAGAUAAAGAGAGAACAACUGAAGGCUAAGUUUAAAGAUGAGCUUCAAAAAUUAUAUGGGUGAAAUAUGUAUUUGGUGUAUGUAUUUUCCACUGUUGUGCACUUCUGCUAUAUUUUCAAGAUACGCAAUUAAAGUUUUUCUCAAUUUUCAAAAUUUUCCAGUAAAGAAUAUAUUCUGACAGCA